AUGUCCACUACGCUCGGGAGCGGCAGUCUUAACCUGGCUGCCGGUGCGUCGGCGGCGCCGGAGGUGGAAGGCCACUGGGCGCCGCACGGCGCGGUGCUGACGGCCUGCGUCGUGGGCAUCAACGUGCUGGUGAUCCUCCUCAUCUUCGGUUUCUUCUGGCGGUUCUUCUCUGGGAAAGGUGGGCCGCCGUCCACGUCAGACGACGGCGCCGACGACGAAGACGAGGACUCGCUGCCCGUGGCCUCGCCAUGGGCGUCCCGUCACCGGCACGAUGACCGCCUCGGCGUGCAGUCGACGCCGGUGGAAGACGUGGCGUCGUCCCUGCCCGUGUCCGUGUACUCCAGCGCCGGCUCCGGCGCCGAGGAAGGAGGAGGGAAGGCUCCCGAGUGCGCGGUGUGCAUCGUGGAGCUGCGCGACGGCGACUCGGUGCGCGUCCUCCCGCGGUGCGGGCACCGGUUCCACGCCGGCUGCGUGGGCGCGUGGCUGCGGCUCCACGCCACGUGCCCGCUCUGCCGCGGCAGAGUCGUCGCCCCCGCCGCCGCGGCCGUCGCUGACGCGUCCAGGAACGCCAAGGACGACGACGACAACGUCGCCGCGGAUGAUUGUCCCGUGUGA